CACCAGGAGGAGCGUCGCUGCUGAGGCCGGUAUAAAAGGCGUCUCCUUCGGCUCCUCCUCCUUCCUCACUCCGGUCACGCUGUUAUUAGUCGCCGGCUCCCGAGCCCUGACAGAAAAGCCUGUAAAAAAUGAAGAUCUGGGCGUCAGAGCACAUUUUCAACCAUCCAUGGGAGACAGUGACCAAGGCGGCCAUGCAGAAGUACCCCAACCCCAUGAACCCCAGUGUGUUUGGUGUGGACGUUCUGGACAGAAGCGUGGACACCGAGGGACGGUUACACAGCACCAGACUGCUGAGCACAGAGUGGGGGCUUCCUGCCAUGGCCAAGUCUAUCAUUGGGGUAACGAGAACUUGCACCUACGUCCAGGAACAUUCAGUUGUGGACCCCAAAGAGAAGACCUUCGAGCUCAAAUCUACAAACAUCUCCUUCACUAACCUGGUUUCUGUAGAUGAGAAGCUCACAUAUAAGCCACAUCCACAGGACCCAGAGAAGACGGUGCUGACACAGGAGGCUCUGAUCAGUGUGAAAGGCAUCAAUCUGAGCAGCUACCUGGAGGGUCUCAUGGCCAAAACCAUAUCUGUGAACGCCAGCAAGGGUCGGGAAGCCAUGGAGUGGGUCAUCAGGAGGUUAAACACAGAGAUCGAGGAGCUGGCGGCGACGGCUCGCGGUACCAUCCGGGUCCCCAUGGCAGCAGCUGUAGCAGACAAAUGAUCCCGGCCUUCUAACUCUGCCAUCAUGAACCGAUGGACUUCUCGGACAUUUUCCCCUCAAAGGGGACCUCUCACCUCAUCUGCCAACAGCCUAGUGACCACAGCUCCUUCCUUUGUCUGUCUGUCUGUCUGUCUGAGUGUUUGUCACAACAUCGCUGUUCGCUGCUCUUCAUCAUGGGGGCAGGCGAUGAGGAGCUGAUGACGGUUAAAUACCAACAGGGUUGAAUCGGACAGCACUUGAAGCUCAUAGGACUCGACUUGUGAUGUGAAAGCUCUUUUUUAAGAUUCACACCGUGCCUCCACGUCAUCACAACAUCUUCAUCUUUUCUGUCCUGUUUUCUCCGUCUUUAAUGAUUCAUCAGCACUUUAGAAAUGGGUUGAGUUGAGCUAGAACCGACCAAAAUAUCUCCAAACCUAAAGCUGCCAGUGCAGAACAGCUGUAGGAGAACAUAACACUGUAAGCUACAAACUGCAUCCGUGGCCAAGCUGUUUUCUCCUGUUUUCUUGGAGCUGUUGUUUUCCAUACAUGUUGGUAUUUAUCUCACGAUGGAAGCACUGAAGCAGCAAACAUUGUCUGUUGUCUGAACAGUUUGAAAACACUGGUGGAGCUCAGAGAACGUAGAGCUCUUAUCCGACACCAGACAGUAACAGUUUUAAUAUCCAGGGUCCAAAGCAGUGAAGUCUCAACUCAUUUAAACCGAGUGCAGGACGUGCUUUUCCCUUUCUAACCUUCAUUUAAUCCCUUCUAGUCCUUCUGGUUGGAUUUUGGUGAAAGAAUAACUGAUUUUUCUCUUUCUGUUAAUUUUUUCUCUCACUCUGAUGAUGUGCAGUUCAGUGUUGCAGUAUAAGAAUUUGAAUACUUGAAUGUUUAACUUAUUAUCAGCGUGUGUGUUAUCACUCGGUGGCAGAAAGUCCUUGAAAAGAGCACAUUUUUUGUUUAUCACCACAUUGUUGUAGAAUUAGCCCUGCAGGGUGCGUUCAGGGUCGCUGACAGUGCCUAUAUUAGAUGUAAAGAUGGAAAUAACCGCGCCGAUCUAUUAACCUAAAACACUUUAUUUGUGGCUAAACCUGCUCUGUAUUCCUUGUCAUCUGUAGAUGGUGUUAUUUAUGUUAUAAUUCACUGUUACACUGGUUUUAAAAGCUGUUAGCUUGUGGUGUUGUUCAAGUAGCAAGUCAGUUUUUAUGCUGCAGUUUCCAGCUGAUUCCAUAGAUCAGGGGUGUCAAACUCAGAACCAUAACUCCUAAUUAUAAUCACAGGUAUCUGGAACUGAACAGUAUAGUAUUUUACUUUACGAUCAAACCGACAGACACAAAAAGACAAAAAUAUCCCACCAAAAGCAAGACAAAAUAUUCCAAAAAUGAGACACAAAACGAUAAAAGAACAAUGAACAAUCUAGUAUUUUACUUUCUGAUCCAAACAGCUUGUCAUGGUCUAGAAAUGAUUUUAAAUUUAUAGUUUUACUAAUUUACAAUCUGCAGUUAAUGUCUUCUCUGGAAUUUUUACACUUUGAGGGCCGGAUUGAACCCUCUGGAGGACCGCUUUUGGCCCGCGGGCCUCAUGUUGGACACCCCUGGUCUAAGAGAGUCUCAGGUGCCUUGGCGUCCCCGUCGUUUUGUCAGAAUACUCCGAUUGUUUUCUCCUCACUGGUGACAGUUUCCAUCCCAGCGGUUGGAAAUGCAGCUCCAGCAGUUCUCCAGUUAAUCUGUUAGCGUCUUCCCGGUUCUAUCUGCUCUACGUCUGUCUUUGUCCACACCGUCCUCUUCAUACCUGUCUGGCUUCAUCUCGCCUGUCGUCCAGCUCCGUCUGUCGGUACCAGCGUCUCCUUUUCUGAAUGAGGUGUGACUUGUGUUGUUUUUCUAUGGGGGAACAUUUUAAGAACCGUGGCUGUAAAUAGGCUUCUAUUUAUAUUUUGGUGGUGUUACAUUCCAAGAAUGUGAACAUGUAACAGAAGCUAACUAGUGCACUUGGAAGUGUUUCAGAAUAAAGAGAUGUCAUUGUUUCGUGAA